AUGCCUCCACUCGGUCCCAGAGCAGCUCCUGUCAACAUGCGAUUCCCUCAGCAUAUGGCUCUGGAACACGCCCCGAUGACCCCGAGCUAUUGGCAGGUAACCUCGCAGACUAUAGUUACCCCGGGCCUCCCUCAGACUCCACAGACGGGCACCACGUCCGUGUUCGAGCUGCCCCCAACCCCCGGAGAUCUCGUCAGCGGCCCUCAGCACGAGUCACAUCUCAACACACCUUAUAAUGCCGCUCUGAUGUCGCGCGCCAACUCGCACUCGUCCGGAGCGUCGUCGCCCAAUGGAAGCCCAUACUACACGCCGACGUCGAUACAGGACAGCGACUAUUUCAACCGCGGCAUUCCAACCGCAACGGGAGGUCACUACUCCCACGGCGUCGCUCCUACUGAUUUUGGGCCUUCUGGACCUAUGUCGGGUACCAUCAACCUUUCCCACAUUCAGGACAGCAGACAUGCCAUCAAGUUCCGGUCGACGAAAAGCGUGACGGAGUCUGAGCCCGGCACCCCAGCCCCUAGCAUCCACUCGAGUCCCGUGCGCGUUAAGACAGAGUACCCCUCGCCCCAGUCCAAUCAAUCGUCGUCACCAGCCGUCAGCGUUUCCUCUCACCUGCACUCGUCUCCCCCUCGUCUGAGCCAGUCUGGUUCUGCAAGCGCGAGGGAUGCUCCCAGCUCCACCCCUGAGCUCUCCUCGUCGCGGACCACACAGAGCCCCAACUUCCGGAGUAACUCGGUUGAAGAUGAAGACGACUACGUCACGCAGGACGACGGCGAUGACGAUGACUUCCGCCCGAUUUCGGCGCAGCGCAAGAAGAAGAAGAAGGGCAGCCCUCGCCGCCGCCGCAACACGGCGACUUCCACCCGGCGUGUUGUGUCCGUGGUACGCGCGCAGCCGGCCGACUCGAACAAGCUGAGCGGCAACCUGUCUCGCGCCGCUUUCCUGAAGAGGUAUCCCAGGCUGCCGUUCGAGUUCCCUCUCCUCUACUAUGCUCUUCUUCCCGACAUGACUCUCGACGACGCGGCCGCCCCCAAAAUCGGCACCAUCCCGAGCUCCGUAACGCCCCUCCAGAAGUGCAGCAUCCUGCAGGACUUUUACGGACGUGGCAAGCGUCUCAUUCGUCAGCUGGAUGAGUUUUCCUACCUCGUCAAGCCGCGCACCAGUGGCAGCCGUACCAACGAGCCACUCUGGACCGAGAUCCCCAAGCCCUACUCGCGUGCCCUCGUUUUCGUUCGUCGCAAGGUCGUCGAAAGGACGGAGAACUACAAGUACACGCGCCGCGACCUGCUCAAGAAGACCAUCAAACGCUGUUGCCCUGCCGAGGACCCACGGUGCAUCGAGAACGGCAUGAUCCACUGGGAUCGCGAGAGCGGCAACAACGACCCUGCGGGAGACCUCGCCCGGCGCGGAAUAAUCAUGGGGUUAGGCAUGGGAAACUCAUCUCCCCCGCAUCCCACUCAGAACAUAAACACCGGCCACCACGACCUCCGGCCCGCUGUUUCACGCUCGUCGCUGCGCGUGCCCCCUAGCCCGCUCACUAUCGUCCCGCUCACGCCGCCUCCGAGCUACUCCGCGUCGUCGCUCACCCCCGAGAGCGCCGGCACCCACUACCACACUGUGCCCUCGACGCCCGUCUCGGCCGUGACGCCUGAGGGCGUGCUCCUCCCGCUUCCGUUCAGCCGGCUCGCGCUGUCGGAAUCAAACUUCCUCCCCGAGCUCCCUGCCGCUGGAGUGAACUCGGUGCUUCCCUCCCCGUCGGCUUUGGGCCUCUCUCAGCACCGCCAGGCGAGCUACGGCAACGUCAGACGGACCCACUCGCGCUCAUACUCGUCUGACUCGGACCACUCCUCCUCCAGCAUCGAGUAGGGUGUCUGUCCCCAGCAGGACCAUACAGUCCGGAUUCGAUCCGGACCUUAUACAACCCGGCCAGGACUGGACUCUUGGCCAUGUGCACACGCUAGAACAGUUGGGCUUUUAGACUAAUCUCCUGGAGCUUUGCCUCCGUAUAUCAAUGCCGCGCGUGCGUGCUCGUCAGUUUCGUCUGUGAUGUAUUGGUUAAGGUUUAC